AGAAAACUCAGAAAGUGAACAUCAACCCUAAUUCUCAGACGGCGUAGCUUCUUUCUCUCACUCACAAACAAGUCAAGAACACAGAGAAGCAGAUCGAAAAUGGCGAAAUCGAAGAAGAACGACAUCGUUCAUUCACCGCUCGUCACCUAUGCUUCCAUGAUUUCUCUCCUCAUACUCUGUCCUCCUUUCGUAAUUUUACCGGUUAACGGUUUUCAAGGUUUUGUUGAUUUGUGGCCUAAACCUACUCUUCUCACUUGUGAAAUUAUCGUUGCUUAUGGUGUUUUUGAAGCCGUGCUUCAGCUUAUUCUUCCUGGGAGAACCUCUGUGUGUAUUUUAUUCGGAACCCCAGUGGCUAGAGGGGAUGCAUCUGUUGCAUUGUGGGUCAAGUGGAGAGGGAAAUGGCUGUUGGUAUCAGAUGUGCAAGGGCCGACUGGCCAUUAUCAACAUUGA